AUGCAUCUUUCCUCCCUUCUGCUGUGCUGUGCUCUGAGUUUGGGGGCAUUGGUAAAAUGUGCUGCAGGAAGUGAAUGGUGCUAUAAUGGCUGUGAGUACACCCCGAGUCACUGGGCAGACAUCCCUGGUGUUUUCUGUGGAGAAAAUAGGCAGUCGCCUAUUGAUAUAGUCACCGCCAACGUUCAGACUGACCCUCAGCUGCUUAACUUUAACUUUCUCAACUUCUCCUCCCAACACGUCUUCAAGUCCAUUAAAAACAACGGUCAUACAGUGAAAUGCAUAUUGGAGGACAAUGAAGUUGAAGUGAGUGGAGGUGGACUUGAUGGAACAUAUUCUAUAAUUCAGUUUCACUUUCACUGGGGCAUCACAGAACUUCAUCCAGGUUCAGAACACAUGAUUGAUGGGCACAGAUAUCCCAUGGAGAUGCACAUAGUCAGUCUGAAGAAAGGCCUCUCUGAGCAGAACGCCACGGAUGAUUCAGAGGGAAUUGCUGUUCUUGGGUUUUUCAUAAAUGCAACAGACGAUGGAGAUAUGUCGGGACCAUGGAACGAGUUCAUUUCUUCCCUGCCACAGAAAGACAAAGAGGUUGAUAUCAACGCUACCAUUUCUAUCGAUGACCUGAUUGGAAAUGUAAAUCUCACAAAGUUCUAUCGGUACAAGGGCUCCCUGACCACUCCUAGCUGCAAUGAAACCGUUGUGUGGACAGUCUUUCAAGAGCCAAUAAACAUCCACAAACAGCUGGUUCAGAUGUUUCCCAUCAUGGCAGGAUUCAUCAAUGUGUAUCGGCCUACACAACCUCUUAAUGGACGUGACGUGUUUGCUUCCCCUGGAACUCCUUUACCACCCAGUCAUUCAUGGUGCUAUGAGGAUGAACCCUGUGAGUACAAGCCGUCUCAUUGGCACUUACUGCCUCACUCAGAGUGUGGCGGCAAGAGCCAGUCACCCAUCAACAUUGAGACGCGUGAAACUGUGUCGGACGAGCACCUCGAUGCCUUCACUUAUACAAAGUUUGACGACAAACAUGCCAUCAUGCACAUCACUAACACAGGCCACUCAGUGAAGUGUGUGCUGAAAGAGGACACGGUGGAGGUCUCAGGCGGAGGUUUGGGUUAUGUCUACUCCACCCUUCAGUUCCACUUCCAUUGGGGCUCAGAGAACUCUGAUGGCUCAGAGCACAAAGUGGAUUCAAAGAGAUACCCAAUGGAGAUGCAUAUAGUGAACAAGAGGAAGGAUUUAACUCUGGAAAAGGCACUAGAGACCCCCAAUGGUCUGGCAGUGUUGGGAUUCCUUAUUGAGGCCAAGGAUGCCCACAACAGCAAUUCAGAACGUGAGACACAUCCCACAUCCGAUAUAGAUCCCUGGAAAAAACUGACCAGCUAUAUUUCAGCUAUUCGAAACAUCAGCUCAGAAGUACACGUCACAGAUGGGAUCUCCAUUGAUGACUUGCUUGGCAGCGUUAACCGAGUUGAAUACUACCGCUAUAACGGCUCCUUAACCACCCCUUCAUGUAAUGAAGCGGUGGUAUGGACAGUCUUUAAAGAGUCUGUCAAGGUGGACGAAAACCUGAUGAUGAUGUUCCCGACUCUUGCAGGAUAUCACAAUGUGUAUCGGCCUACUCAGUCUCUUCAUAACAGGAUAAUCUACACCACCACAUCCGCAUCCAGUGCCCCUGUUCCCACCAUACUGCUGCUGCUGGCAUGUCUCUGUGCCUUUUCAUACAACUUGCACUUGUGAGAUGAUUUGCUAAUCGCAACUAGCGAUUAGUAUAUUCCGCUAAUUAUUGGUCUUGCACUGUUCAUUGUCAUCCAAAUAUUUGUGAGAGAAAUACUUGGAAAGUGGUGUUUCAUUGGUAAUUUUCAUUUACAUACAUUUUCAGUGUGCAAUAAUAUAAUCAUAUAAUCAAGAUCACAUCUCUGGAUUUGUAUUAAAGUUGGGUAGGUACUACUUGAUUUUAUCGUAUAUCGGUUGGCUUUGUUUUAUCAAAACUUGUGGGAGAAUUUAAACCAUCAAUUAACUAUAUCUCAUGGUAAUUAAAUACUAUUGUCUUUAAUGCUAAACCAAUUAAUACAGUUGUUGACCACUGCAUGGAUGAUGCAAAAUAAAAAAAUGUAUUAAUCCAG